CAAAUUGUCCUCAUUAGUAGAUAGAUUGUGUCUGUGUGUGUCUCAAAGACUGAAUCAAAUACUGAAACUAUGGAUAGAAGGUACUGUUACAAGGAUCUGCUUCCUCUGGUGGUUCUUGUUGCCAAUGAAUGCAAUAACACAGCUUUGUUCACUCUCUUCAAAGCAGCCACACUGCAAGGAAUGAGUAGCUAUGUCUUUGUUUCCUAUGCCUAUUCCUUGGCCUUUCUUGUUCUUCUUCCUAUUACUUUUCUCUACAGAAGAUCAAGAGUGGUUCCUCCUCUCAAUUUUUCCAUCUUAUCCAAAAUUGCUCUUCUGGGACUCAUAGGGUGUUCAUCUCAGAUUCUGGGGUAUGUUGGGAUCAGUUAUAGUUCUCCCACACUUUCCUCUGCAAUCAGCAACCUCACUCCUGCUUUCACCUUCAUACUUGCUGUCAUUUGCAGGAUGGAAAAGAUUGCCAUAAGAAGUAGAACUACCCAAGCUAAGAUUUGGGGCAGCAUUAUAUCGAUAUCAGGUGCAUUUAUUGUGACUUUCUGCAAAGGCCAAUCGAUCAUCUUCGCUGAUAAUUCGCCUUCAAUUCAACUUUCACAAUCAAAUGCCAUUCUUGCUUCAGUAGAUAGAAAUUGGGCCUUUGGUGGUCUUCUGCUCACAGCUUGCAAUAUAUUGCUUACUAUAUGGUUCGUUUUUCAGGUUGAAAUCUUGAAGGAGUUCCCGGAUGAACUAACUAUGGUGUUCUUUUACAACUUGUAUGCAGCCAUUGUAGCUUCAAUUGUAGGUUUAAUUGCGGAGAAAAAUUCAAGUGCAUGGAAAAUAAGACCAGACAUAUCCCUGAUAUCUAUUGUUUGCACUGGAAUAUUUAACAAGUUCUUGAGUAGUGCAAUCUAUGCCUGGGGAAUACACUUGAAGGGGCCUGUAUAUGUAGCAAUGUUCAAGCCUCUCUCAAUUGUUAUUGCAGUUGCCAUGGGUGUUAUGUUCCUUGGUGAUACUCUAUAUGUUGGAAGUUUGAUUGGAGGCACAGUAAUAUCAAUUGGGUUUUAUACUGUGAUGUGGGGCAAAGCAACUGAACAGAAGGAAGAGGAGGAAGAUGUUGGUAGCCAGGAAUCACCAAUCACUGAGAAUGUUCCUCUCUUGCAAACCUAUGAAACUGUAAAUUCUACAAAGAAAACAGAUGCAAGAGUAUAAUACAAGACAGAAUCACUUGCUACUGAGAAAUCAGAGUGUUAUAAAACUGUAAAUUCCAUAUAGAAAAUUUUAAAAAGUUGUACAAAAUUUUGGAGUUUUGUGUUAUUUAGUAUGAAAUAUAAUUAUGUUUAGGAUCUAACAUUUAACGUUAGAAGAUAACCAAUGGUGGUAAAUAUGAUUAUAUGAUUGACUAUCAGACAA